GCAGGCAGAUUCACACCGGCCUCCUCGGCCUCCAACGCAAAUCCAAGCAAACUCGCCCACGGUUUCAGCCAUGGGCGGCCCGGCCGGCGCCGUGCGCCUCCUCCUCCUCCUCCUCUCCGUCCUAGCCGCCUCCCUCUCGCGCGUCGCCGCGGCCCCGUCGCCGGUGUACGACAUGGACGGGCACGAGCUGAGCGCCGACGCGGACUACUACGUCCUCCCGGCCCCUCGCGGGAGCGGCGGCGGGGGUGGCGGCGGGCUCACCAUGGCCCCCCACACGUUCCGGUGCCCGCUCUUCGUCGCGCAGGAGGACGACCCGCUCCGCAGGGGCUUCCCCGUGCGCUUCACGCCGCUGCACGGCCACGGCGGCGACCGGACCGUGCGCGUCUCCUUCGACGUGGCCAUCCACUUCGCCGCGGUGACGACGUGCGUGCAGACCACCGAGUGGCACGUCGCCGGCCGCGGCGACGAGCCUUUCGCGUCCGGCCCCCGGCACGUCGUCACCGGCCCGGUGCUGGCCCCGACCGCGGGCGGCAGGGAGAGGGUGUUCCGCGUCGAGAGGCACAGCCACGGGUACAUUCUGGUGUGGUGCGGGGUGCCCACCGAGUGCGAGGAACUGGGCGUGUUCAGGGACGAGAGGGACCGCGCGUGGCUCGCCGUGUCCGACGAGCCUCAUGUGGUCGUGUUCAAGAAGGCGCCACCCACACCUGCGUGAAUGUGAUGGGGGUGCUUGUAGCGUGCGUGUGCAUGCCGAAUAAUGCGUGUGGGGUAUUAUGGAUGAA